UUCGUCUCCCAGGCAACACACACGCGGGCAACUUCCUGACAUUCCUGGCAGAUAGAGGAACGAUGAAGGUCACUACAUUAUAUAUACCGCCACCUUUCUAUUCACUGAGCACUAAAAGCACUUCAACUACAGUAUAAAAAAGUAUUGUCAUAACCGUUCCUGUUACAGAAUGAUGGACCUGACGAAUUGAUUGUCUAUCACAGCUGUCAAUCAUCAGAGAGGCGGGGCAUGUUGCAAAGUGUCCUGGGAGAUGUAGUUGGGAGAGAAUCUUAGCUUAGUGGCUGCUCGUUACAUAGAACUACAAAUUCCAGAGUCCUGCGAGAGGUGGGGGGAGAUUGCAGCUGGGAGGCUAAAGUCUCUAGUGUAAGUGACUACUAAUAGGUGGUGGAGGAGGAGUGCACUGAAACGGUUAUCCUGAACAUGGCAGAACUGAGUGAUGACUCCAGCGAGACAGAAAUGCUUGGCCGCAGUCUGUCCAUGUGGUAUGGAGAAUCGUUAGAUGGACAAGAGCUACCCCUGGACCUUCACACGGCGGCCUCUAUUGGCCAGUACGAGGUAGUUCAGCACUGUGUGCAAAGGAAGGAUGUAGACCUGAACCAACAGAACCUGGGAGGAUGGACCCCGCUAAUGUACGCAUCUUACAUCGGGCAUGAUGCUGUGAUUAACCUGCUGCUGGAAGCUGGGGUGGAUGUGAAUUGUAGGACGCCCAGCGGACAAACACCUCUUAUGCUGGCUGCCAGCUGUGGGAAUGAAAGUGUGGCAUAUUUCUUAAUACAGCAAGGAGCCGAGGUGGAGGCGAGAGAUGCUCGUGGCUGGACUGCCCUAUAUCACUGCACCAGUUCCGGGCACCAGCGGAUGCUGCGGUUCCUGUUGGAGCAUGGGGCCAAUGGGGAUGUGAAGGAGCCGGUGUAUGGGUUUACUCCUCUGAUGGAAGCUGCGGCAUCCGGCCACGAGUUUAUUGUGCAACAUUUACUGAACCACGGGGUCAAGGUAACUGAGACAGACCGGAACGGAGAUACUGCACGAACGCUAGCAUCAAGAUACGGUCAUUCUAGGAUAGUGUCGCUGUUGGACUCUCACCGCGUCAGGGGAUCUCGGACACACAGCAGAGGAUCAGUGCGGCAUGAAGAGCAGAGCUCAUCAGAUGAAUCCACUGCUACCCCCCAUAGACCCAGACACCAGCGCAAGGCCAAAGGCCCCAGCAUUCACGAUGGUCCUCAAGCUUUGGCCAAGAUAACAGGCGGAGGGGGAGGAAUUGGCCAACAAAGCCAAGGUCAAGUCCCAGCUCAGGGAUAUGUCACUUUCGGUGAACUUGAUUGUGAUACUGCCGGGUCUGAUGAGCUGCGUUAUCGCGACGUCACCUCCCCCAUCAAUGAGCGCGAUGUGGAAAGCAAUGGAAGCAGCAAAGAGGGGGACCCUGGUAGGCCGCGGAGCAGUAGCAGCGAGGGGAUCUGCAUCAACACAGGGGUCAGCAGCGAGGCCUCCCUGGAGAGCAACGAGGACUCUGACCCAUCAUUAGAACCUGCCAACAGGAAACCCACUAAAUCAUUCUCUAAAGGCAGACAGCGCAAUGGGGACGUCCACCCCACUGCUGGGCCCUCGCUUUGCAGGGUCUCCAUGACGGAUCCGGACGUUCCCCCUUACACUGGGCCCAAGGACCUUGCAGAGCUGCUAGAACAGAUAGGAUGCUCCAAGUACUUGCCUAUCUUCCAGGAGCAGGACGUCAAUCUCCGAAUCUUCCUAACUCUAACGGAGACUGACCUACGGGAAGUAGGAAUCACUUUGUUUGGACCAAAGAGGAAAAUGACUUCUGCUAUUGCUCGUUGGCACAGUUCUGCCCGUCCUCCAGGUGGUGCCCUGGAACAGGCCUAUGCUGACCGCCUGGAAGCGGAGAUGCAGGAGCUGGCUAUACAGCUGCAUAAGAAAUGCGAGGAGACGGAGCUUCUGAAAGGACAAGUGGCCCAGGAGAGAGAGCUCCGAGCCGUGGCUGAGAGCUGCCUCAUGGAACAGGACACCAAGUGGAGGGCCACUCGCUGCCAACUGGAGGCCACCUGCAAGCUGGCUACUGAUGCCCAACGUGCAGUGGAAGAGCUCAGGAAUUGCCAGGAAGAGCUGUCACAUUGGUUGGGUAAAGUUAACAUGGCAAGAACCGGGGCACCCGUCUUCAUACCACCAGGAUCUCCGAGAAAUAAGGAUGCAUCACGGAAUUCUGAGAGCAUGCAGGAGCUCUCUGUGUCACUGGAGGAAAGCACUGUGGUACUAGAGAAGGUAUUGAGGGCUGUACAGGAAAACCUGGAGAAGAUGAGAUCAUCAGACAAAGGAAGGCAUAAGUGGCCAGAUCCCUGAGAGUAAAGGAGCCAUUGUCUUCAUUCUCAGACGGUGGGUGAAAUGUUCCACCCCGAAGAUGUCCAAUCUCAGACGUGGUGCCUACGGGAUCCCCUGCUCUUAGCUCUGGUGCCCGAUGGGAGCACUGGCAGGAGGCUUUGCUGGUCUCUGGGUGACUGUGUCGGAGGCCGACUGCAAUUCUUGGUGAUUUCCCUACUGAGCUCCGUGACAGAAGUAUCAGCGGGGAAGACUGGCAUACGUGAUGCAUCCUAGUAGAAGAUGUAGAAGAUCAUCCCCUGGCCAUAUUGGUGGAAGGGUUAUUAAUCAGCUGAUUCUUUUUAAAAUCAGCUGCGAAUGAUGUUGAGUGAAGCCUGCGGUAGUGCAAUGGUUAAUCCGUAUUCUGCCUAUGGUAGAUUUUAAAGAAACAACACAAUGCUCUUUUUAUGUACUCAAAAUAAAAUGUGUCCUUGUCUCAGGAUCAGUCUUA